ACUCCAUUUCCCGGGGAGCCCCGCGGCCGGCACAGCGGCGCUCCGGAGCAGGACAAUUUCCUUCAAUAGUGCCAAAGGAAAGAGGAUGAAACAAGAAAACGCUGCCAAGGAAAGAGUCCUCAUCACCGGAGGAGGCGGCUAUUUUGGCUUCCGUUUAGGUUGUGCCCUAUACCAAAAGGGAGUUGAUGUGAUUCUCUUUGAUGUCGUGAAGCCACGUCAAACCGUGCCAGAGGGAAUAAAGUUCAUGCAAGGGGAUGUCUGUUGCCUGUCUGAAGUGGAAGGGGCUCUCAGAGAUGUAAUCUGCGUAUUCCAUAUCGCUUCCUAUGGAAUGUCUGGCAGGGAGCAGCUGAACCGAAAACUCAUUGAAGAUGUUAAUGUGAAAGGAACGGAAAAUGUCAUCCAAGCCUGCAAGAGCACAGGAGUGUCAGGUCUGGUUUAUACAAGUACAUAUAACGUGAUAUUUGGAGGCCAGAUUAUAGAAAAUGGGGACGAAUCUCUGCCUUACCUACCUCUUCACCUUCAUCCAGAUCACUACUCCCGGACCAAAUCUUUAGCUGAAAUGAAGGUGCUGGAGGCAAAUGGUGCUGAGCUUGGAAAUGGGAAAGGGGUGUUAAGGACUUGUGCUCUCCGGCCAGCAGGUAUCUAUGGGCCUGGGGAACAAAGGCAUCUUCCAAGAAUAGUGAGUUACAUUGAAAGGGGACUGUUUAAAUUUGUAUACGGAGAUCCUCUUAGUUUAGUAGAAUUUGUACAUGUAGACAAUCUAGUUCAGGCUCAUAUCCUUGCCUCUGAGGCCCUCAAAGCCAACAAAAAGCACAUAGCUGCGGGCCAAGCCUAUUUUAUUUCAGAUGGCAGGCCUGUAAAUAACUUUGAAUUUUUCCGACCUUUAGUAGAAGGUUUGGGUUACAAGUUCCCAACCUGUCGUCUCCCUCUCUCCCUUGUCUAUUUUUUUGCAUUCCUUACUGAAGUAGUUCAUUUUCUUGUAGGUCACAUUUAUAACUUUCAGCCUCUCCUCACUCGCACGGAGGUUUACAAAACUGGCGUCACACAUUAUUUUAGCAUGGAGAAGGCCAGAAAAGAGCUGGGGUAUGAGCCUCAGCAGUACAGCCUGAAUGAAGUGGUUGAGUGGUUUAGAUCUCAGGGACGUGGACCAAAGCCGAGAAAAUACACAGUUGUGCAUCUUAUUAGGGAUGGAGGAUUCCUCCUGCUGCUGAUUGCUGUGAUAGUCUCGUGGUUUCCAUCUGCAGUUACAUUUACAGCCUGAAAGGUGAAACGCUGAGUAUGGAGGAGAGAAUUUACUUAUGUUCUCUCAGUACUCUGUCUUGAGGUAAUUAAAAAAAUUAAUUUAAAAAAAGAAAACCAAGAAAAUACACGUUUGUGUCAUUCGGGUAAAUAACAGACCCGAGGAACAAAACUGCUGAGUAAAAAGGUGUCAUUUUUAUACAUAGUUCUUCUUCAAAGUAAAUUUGAUCAGAUCAUGAACAAGAUGAAGCUCAGUGUUACUGCAAACAGCAUUUUAUUCUUAGGUACAACACCACACUACAGUGAAUGGAACAAAUAUCUUUAGGCUGACCCUUCUUCCCCCUGAUGGGAUUAUACUCUCAAUCCCUGCCCUUUAUUCCUAAAGAGCUUGUGCUACAUGAUCCAGAGGAGAAUAAACUUAUUCUUUGAUCGCAUUCCAAAACCAAAUUCUGUUUUCCAGCUUGGAUGUAUAUAUGACUAACCAUGAUUAACUGAUAAACUGCUAGACAAUAAAUAAAUUCCUUUUUUAAUGAA